AUGACACUAUCGACUAUAGAAGAUCCAUCUGAAUUAGUCAAAACAGUGCAAGAAGCUAUCCAGUACUCUUCAAACUCCUCGUCAAGAAACAUUACACAGCUUCCUGAUGAAUCAACAGCAUCAACAAUUGGCCUCGACAAUGACACAUAUGAGCGUUGGUCGGAAUUAGGUUUCAAGGCCAUUGCCAAUGGCGAAGUUGCCAUUCUAUUGAUGGCUGGUGGCCAAGGUACGAGAUUAGGAUCAGAUGCACCAAAAGGCUGCUUUGACAUUAAUCUACCAUCCCACAAGUCACUUUUCCAAGUUCAAGGUGAAAAAAUUUUGAAAAUUGAAAAAUUGACUCAGGCCAAAUACGACUUGAAAGAAACUCCUGUAAUCACAUGGUAUAUCAUGACAAGUGGUCCAACAAGGGAGUCUACCGAAGCAUUCUUCAAGAAAAAUAACUUUUUCGGCUUGCAAUCUACACAAGUAAAGUUCUUCAACCAAGGAACAUUACCAUGUUUUGAUCUCAAUGGUGAAAAGAUCCUUUUGCAAUCAAAAGACGCCAUUUGCGAAUCACCAGAUGGUAAUGGAGGAUUAUACAAAGCAUUGCAAAACGAUGGUAUACUCGAAGAUAUGGUCAACAAAAAUAUUAAACACAUCCACAUGUACUGUGUCGACAACUCUCUAGUCAAGGUUGCCGACCCAGUAUUUAUUGGAUUUGCCAUUGACAAGAAAUUCGACUUGGCUACAAAAGUUGUGCGCAAGAGAGACGCAACUGAAAGUGUUGGUUUAAUCGUGCUUGACGAUGACUCCAAGAGACCAUGCGUCAUUGAGUAUAGUGAAAUCUCACAAGAAUUGGCUGAAAAGAAGGAUCCACAAGAUUCAAAUAAGCUUUUCCUUCGCGCAGCAAAUAUUGUCAACCACUACUACUCAAUUGAUGUGUUGACAAAGAUGAUCCCCAAAUGGAUCUCGUCUCAAGAAUACUUGCCAUUCCAUAUUGCUAAAAAGAAAAUCCCAAGCAUGAAUUUGAAAACAAACGAAUUUUACAAGCCAACUGAACCAAAUGGUAUCAAAUUGGAACAAUUCAUCUUUGACGUCUUCCCCUCAGUCGCAUUGGACAAGUUUGGAUGCCUCGAGGUUGAUAGACUGGAUGAGUUUUCGCCAUUGAAGAACGCAGAUGGCGCAAAGAACGACACACCAACUACAUGUAGACUGCAUUACUUGGCUAGAGGCACAAACUGGGUGAAAAAGAAUGGCGGAAUCUUGGAAAAUGAGGAUGAUGUCGUUGAGGUGCUUCCUUCAACAAGUUAUGGUGGAGAAGGGUUGGAAUUCGUCAAGGGUCAAAAGUUCAAAAAUGGUGAUGUUAUUUAA